GUAAAUUCCCGGAUUGAAGAAUAGAACAAUGGUCCCUCGAUCCGACCAUCUUGGUGCAUUUCUUUACCGUGAUGUUGACUUCCAAUCGUGAUCUCACCAGCGCACGUGGUUCCGAUUGCGAUCCACUUCGGCGAGACCCAGAACAGAAACACCGCCGAGGACGUCGGGGAUCGCUGUUCUUUGUGGUUUCUUUUGUUCUUGUCGCAUCUAUCCAGAUACUUUCGUUCGCACGGUUCCAUGCCGACGUGGAUGCAACUAGGUUCAAAAGCGCGGACUAUGCACAGAACAUCAGCGGUGCCGAGGUUGACCAUCGUCUCGGUAGCGUGUUGGGAGAAGAUCGAGAAAAACCAGGACACGUGCUUGCCGUCUCGGGAAUCGAGAAGAGAAACAAAAUAGCAGUUCACGAGGCAGGAGAAGAGGAACAAAUCGUAGCUACAAAAAGAAAGAAGAGAGAGAACAGAGCAGAUGCAAAAAACGAACAGAAAAAACACAAAUACCAAAAGAAAAGAUACAAACAAGAUGCCUCCGAGAGUCAAAAGAAAAAAGAUAAUCGAAGAGCAACAGGACCAGGGGAUCCAGACGAAGGCGAUGAUACCGAAGAAAAAAGAGAAGGAGGAGAAGAAAAGGAAGAUAUGUAUUUCCGAGAUCCAAAUGCUCAAGUUGUAGACUGGGACUACUUUCCCAAGCACGAACCCAGAAGGGAUGUUUCCUGGACUGAAGCCGAAAACUCAGAAUCGUCAAUCAAUUCGAUGGAUGAAGAGGAAUGCGAGAAAUUUAUGAAAUACAUUGACACCUCACCACCCAAACCGAGAAAAGCAUCCAACAAGGCAUGCGAGGGAUACGAUGGGGUCCUGCACAUCAGUCACUUUGAUGUGGGGGCUGCUAGCGGAACGGCCUUUUUUAUGUUCACGAUUGGCAUGCUGGCUUGGGCAGAUCAGCACAACUACCUACCGUGGAUUCACAUCGACAGCGGGUAUACGAGGCCCAUUUGGGAUCCUAUAGUUCACAUGAACACUAGUAGCGCAGACCCUGUAACCUUUCGAAUGAAGCACGGCAUGGGCAUUGGAUGGGCCCGGGAUCCAAGAGAUGGGCAGUGGCAUAUUUUUCCAGGAAAACCAUACCUCGACCGACCACUUCGUUCCAGCACAUACGCCGUGAAUGGGACGGGUGUUUGGAGACAUUAUUUUUUGCCACCCAAUGACUUUGUGCCCGGAGACACCUCGUGUCGGAACAAGCCAAUUGUUCAGAUGGACAACAAUCUCAUUGUCCCUGGCAUUCAUUCCAACGCUCCAUACACCCCACGGGCAUGGCGUACAACUGAAGCAGAUUAUCUCACUAGAGAUGACUUGUCUUGGGACGAAUGGUUUGAGCCUCAACGAAAACACGGUGCAGCAGUGACUGAGCGUUAUAUCCGCUUUAAUCCCAUGAUGGAGCGUCGUGCCCGUUGCGCCUUCCCAACUCCUAAAUUCUCUCUUGGUAUGGUAAGUUUGGUGUUUUUUAGGACGUCGAAAACGCAUUGAGGUGUGAACUGACAAAAUAUAUGUUUCUCAUUCAGCACAUUCGACAUGGAGAUAAAGCAAUCGAGCGAGACAUUAUAGAAACGAGCAGGUUUUUGGAAUUUGCAAAAGCAUUUGUGAAUAAUGGAGGAGGUUCGAUUUAUGUCGCGACAGAUUCUAUCAAGGUAGUUGAGACCAUUUUACAGGAAUGGCCAGCACACGUCGUCGAACAUAUAGUGAGACAGUCUACCGCAGUGGCACUCAGUCGGAACGAAACAGCUUCUUUUGCUUUGGGUGUUUCUCCCCAUCGAUCAAACAUUGAAGCAUUGACGGAUCUCCUUGCCUUGUCAAAGUGCACAUUCCUCUUGCACGGGCUGAGCGCUCUUAGCGAGGCAGCAUUUUACCUCAAUCCUGAUUUAGUGGCGAGGUCUAUCAAUUUGGAGGAUACCAUAUACCAAGAGUACCACCCUGACGACUUUGUGAGAGACUUGAUGCCCUUGGGGAAAGAAGUCAGCGAUUGCACACCGGAAAGAAAGAAUAUGUGCAUGUGAUGCACUCCUUUCCACGGGAUGCCCUCGGGGAAAGAAGUCAGCGAUUGCCCACCAGAAAGAAAGAAUAUGUGCAUGUGAUGCACUCCUUUCCACCGUAGUACACUAUGGAUAUGGAAUGUCAUACCAGCAGAACGAUGCACUUGAUUUUCUUGAUCACGUGUGACGAGCACAAUUUUACAUCGAAAAAAUGUGCCACCCUGUUUCGAAAUUGCUAUACUGGAUGACUACAAUAUAUUGCCGAAUCGAAGGUUUCGCUUGUCACUGAUCUCAAAUUGUGAAAUUUGUUGAUCAGUGCUGCUUUGGUUCCGCUGAAUGUCGAUAAUUGGAAGCUUGAAGUGCUCUCUAUUGGUGUGCAAAAAGACUGAGUUGGUUUCAAUACUGUUGUAAAAAUAUGCUCC